AUGGCUUCAUCCUCAAAGACGAGCUCGUUGCUCUACUCUUGCAUCGCUCAUCGCACUACCAUUCUGGCUGAACACUCCUCGCCAGGCGCCUCAUCGACCUCCGCCUCGUCGCUAGCCUCCGUCAUCCUCCCAAAGAUCACUCACGAUAAACCCCAAAAGCUCACCUUCACUCAUGAGCGGCUAUUUAUCCACUACAUCGCCGACUCUCCAACGGGCAAUCAAUCCGACGAUGCCAACCGCUCAGAACCCAAUUCAUAUGCACCCCUGAGCUUUGUCGUCGUUGCAUCGGCUGAGCAAGGCCGCCGCAUCCCAUUCGCCUACCUGCUAGAGAUGAAGCGCAAGUUCCUUGCUACCUACCAACCAUCCACUACGGAUUUUUCCUCCUUCCCCGCAUACGGCUGCGCUGCCUUCAACAAUGAGCUGCGCUCUCUUCUGCAAACAUACAAUACUGCCCCGCCAGCUGACUCGCUCGCAUCGGCUCGUCGCGAGAUUGAUAGCGUCCGCGAUAUAAUGACUGAGAAUAUCGAGCGGGUCCUGGAGCGCGGUGAGCGCAUCGACCUGCUGGUGGACAAGACGGAUCGGCUUGGUGGGAGCGCGCAUGAUUUCCGGAUGCGCAGCCGGGGCUUGCGGCGCCGCAUGUGGUGGAAGAAUACCAAAUUGAUGAUCAUGAUGGUGAUCGUGGUCAUCUUCUUGCUUUAUCUCUUUAUUGGUAUGGGGUGUGGACUACCUGCGUGGGGAAAGUGCGUUGGACACUAG